CAUGCGGGCCUGGCGCGCGCUGGGGCGCGCGGCCGCCGCCGGCCUCUGCUCCGGCCACGGUGCGGGACCCGGCAGCAGGCCGCGGCGGCGGGCGUGGGAGGCGUCGCUGUCGCCGCUGGAGCGGGUGAGGCGACUGCUGCCGCCGGAGGAGGCCGCGGAGGUGGGACGGUGCGCAGCGGCCUCUCAGGCUCGCCCGGAGCAGGAGGAGGAGGAGGUGGCUGCCCCUACCCGAGUGCCUUUUGCGGCGGGGGCGGGUGCCAGCCCUUUCCGCGCCGGGGAGCUGGCGCUGGCGGAGCUGCGCAGGAAACACAGCAGCACGCUGAAAAUGAUGUGUCGGCUAGAGGCGGGUGCGGCGCUGAGCGGCUCCAGCGGCGUCCUGCCCCACCGCGACAUUAUCGGGCAGAUGCCCGGCCGGGUGCUGCGCACUUCGUCCGGGGCACGGCUGCUGCUGAGGCGGCCCUCGCUGGACGAGUACGUGCUGCUGAUGCCCCGCGGGCCCACCAUCGCCUAUCCUAAGGACAUGAGCGCUAUUUUGACGAUGAUAGAUACCCAUCCAGGAGACACGAUUCUGGAAACUGGUAGUGGAUCAGGUGCUAUGAGCUUGUUUCUGUCAAGAGCAGUUGGGUCCAAAGGACGUGUUAUAAGUUAUGAAAACAGAGAAGAUCAUCAUAAUUUAGCUAAAAAGAAUUACAGGUACUGGCGUGCUGCAUGGGAAAUAGGACAUGAGGAAGAGUGGCCAGAUAACGUGGAUUUCAUUCUUAAAGACAUUUCAACAGCUGCUGCAGAUAUGAAAUCUGUAACAGUUGAUGCAAUAGUCCUGGAUAUGCUUAACCCUCAUUCAGCUCUAUCUGUUGUACACCCGAGUUUGAAGCAGGGUGGUGUGUGUGCCGUGUAUUUAGCUAAUAUCACACAGGUUAUUGACCUUUUAGACAGAAUACGGACUUGCAAGCUCCCUUUUUUGUGUGAAACAGUCAUUGAGGUAACUCACAGAAACUGGUUGGUAGUCCCUGCUAAAAUCAAGAAUUUCAAAUCAAGCCAAAUUGUGGAAACUCAACAAAAUACUGAAGAGCAACCUCAAAAAGAAUGUGAAGAAAUCAACAUUCAGGAUCAAGCAGUUCUUAAAGAAAGUGAAUACAAUGUAUCACUUUCCGAGGAGCCUGAAGCAUACUGCUCAGUGCCUUACGUUGCGAGACCAUCUUUAUGGCAGGAAGGUCAUUCAGCAUUCCUUACCAAGCUGAGGAAGCUUCAACCACUGUGUUCCUGAUGCUGCUGAGAUGUUACCUGCUAAUUUCAAUUUUGUAUUGGAAUAAACUAAAGUCUUACCAAGUACCUGCUAAGCUUUGCAAGUUGUGUCACUGCUUUGAUUUUACUGUAUAAAACAUUUGAAAUACCAUCUGCUAUAUAAAGGGAAAAGUGUUAGCAGGUAUGACACAGGUUGUUUUGCAAAGCACAUUAUCUGUUUCACCCAGUGUGUUUCAUUCUUCGUUGUUUGUAAACCAGUCCAUGGACUUGUCUUGGUUCAGUCUGUCACCUGGUCUCCUUUUGCUGGAUGGGCUCUGACAGUCUACCAGAAAUAAAGAAGAAAAGAAAUUAAUAAAAUAGAUCAAAGUCUGCUGUUUGAAGUGCUGGUGCAGCAGCUUCUGCCUUCACUGGCUACCAGUUUAUCUAAGAAUAGUGUUCUUAAAGCACAAGCCUGAAAAGAAACUGAAAUUAAUGAAAUACAUUCUCUUGAUAAAGCUGUAUUUACUUCAGCAAGACCAGUUGUUAAAGUUGCCUGGUUAAUUGUGAACUUUACUAUAUAUAAAGCAUUCUCAAAUAGUCAAGCUACUUUUUUAAUGACUUGUCAGAUAUGGAAAGCAAGAUCUGUAAUGUAAGAAUGGAUGUAAAAAUAAGUCUUAGGAUCUCAUUCAAAUCUCUACAUAAAUACAGCGUCAUGCUAAAUACACUGAAUUUAUUAAAUGA